UAAAGAUUCAGAGAGCUUAAUUCAUCUUCUUUAUCCUUUCUUUUAAAACAAAAUUAUCUGAAAUUUGAAUUUUCUGCAAUGGAAAUGUACCCAAGUACGAUCGACUCCGAUUUGAUGAUGCUGGACUCAAUUCGGCGACACUUGCUCGGCGAGUCACAAGAUUUUCGACUCGCUGCUCCAAAUGACUGUGCCAACACGUCUCCCCCCAUGUUUUGCAGGAGCUCCAGUUUUAGCCGAUUGUACCCUUGCUUGACCGAUACCUGGGGUGACCUCCCACUCAAAGAGAAUGAUUCCGAAGACAUGCUUGUCUUCGGUUUCCUUCGAGAUGCUUUAACCGCCGGCUGGGCGCCGUCCGAGAAUUCUUCCCCGACGGUUAAACCCGAAACUCAAGAUAUUUCAAUGGAGACAGCGGUGAAACAGGCUGCGACAAAGGCGGUGAAUACGGCUUCUCCCGCUGCGGUCCCUCCCAAAGGGAAGCAUUACAGGGGAGUAAGGCAACGGCCGUGGGGGAAGUUCGCGGCUGAGAUUAGGGACCCGGCUAAAAAUGGGGCUCGGGUUUGGUUAGGUACAUUUGAGACGGCCGAGGAUGCGGCUUUGGCUUAUGACAGAGCGGCUUACAGGAUGCGUGGCUCAAGGGCUUUGUUGAAUUUCCCAUUGAGGGUCAAUUCCGGGGAACCCGACCCAGUAAGAAUAACUUCAAAGAGGGCAUCACCGGAGCCGGCUAGUUCUUCGUCCUCGGGUUUGGACAACGGGUCGCCGAAAAGGAGGAGAAAAGUAGCUACCUCUACUCCGGUCGUAGCUCAAGCCGGGCCAGAUAUGGGUUAUGGAGCAUAAGUCAAGUAUUGAGUCGGAUAUUGUACAUGUGGCGAACAGUUAUUGGUCAGUUGAAGCUGAUGUGUUAAUAGUUUAAUGUGAGCAGUAGUAAAGCCCGAGGACAAGCCCUCAUCAUAGGAAUUUUGUUUAAUUGGGAUAUUUCUUUUCUUUUAUUCUUAAAAUUAAAAA